CAAAUGUUUCUCACAUAACAUGUCCGGAUGAUGUUGUGCAUUUGGUUGACCAUCUUUUGUAUUCUCCAAUCGGAAUACACCGAACUCAUCCUGAGCAAGAAAUCAAAGUACAAGAAUUACGAGAACCAUGUGACUUCGAGAAUAAUAAUGAUGAUUCGCCCUUAAAAAAAUAUUCUACUAAAGAAUUUACACAAUCCGACCUUUUCCCUGAAUAUAAUAAACAAGAAGUCUUGUCACAAAAAGAUGAUGUGAUAAAAGCAUUCAUAGAUCAAGUAGAUUUUCAACAGUCGACGUCUAUGGAAGAUUUAUCCGAAAAUCUGAACGGAAAAAUUGAAUUGCGAAAAAGGAAAAGAUCUGUAGUUAAAAAACCUUUAACUCCACAUUUUAAUUCUACAAAUGUUUCAAAUAAAAUUCAAACUAAAUCGGACAAGUCCCCAGCAGCCAAAAAGACGAAGAUACAAGUAUCAAAGUUGAGAGCACCUACUUCCAUCUUACGCAAAUUUAG